AUGCAACAUCAGACGGAUAUUCUAAUCUUUAUUGGCCCGAGUGGGGGCGGCAAGUCGACGCUGAUUGCGUAUUUGAUGCGGACAUGGCCACAACAAUUUAGCUUUUGUACAAGUCACACGACACGCAAGCCGCGGUGGGGCGAGGUGGAGGGAAAAGACUACCACUUCGUAUCGAGGAAUGAAUUUAGACAUAUGAUUCACGGCGACAUGUUUGUCGAGUACAACAGGGUGUUUAGUUCUUCCAGGCAAGAGGACAGUGCGAGCUCUUGCGCUGGCGGCAGUGGCGGAAGCAGCCCCAUCGAAUCCGCCGAGGAUGACGGGGAUUAUUAUGGCACCUCAAAAGAAGAGCUCCACCGCAUUCUGUCCGAGAAGAAAGUUGUGGUUUUGGACACCGACAUCACGGGGGCCAUUAAUGUGAAGAAGUACUGUUCCCGGCUGAUCACCAGCGGCAAUGGUGCGCAGGCGGCGCCACUGCGGGUUAAGGUUAUAUUAGUGAAGAUACCCAGUCUGGAUGUACUCAAGCAUCGUCUGCGUCUGCGUGGAUCGGAGUCCGAUGCGUCGCUGCAGAAGCGCCUUCAUGCGGGCCAGAGGUGUCUUGAGUGGUGCGCGGCGCAUCCGGAAUUUUUUCAGUGUGUUCUUGUGAACAAUUCCUUGGACGCCUGCCAGAAGGAGCUGCGUUCGUUUGUGAUGAGAAACGUGCUGAAAGUUGACAGCAUGCUGUGA